AUGCAAGCAUCCAUUUCGUCCGCUUCCCGAACCGCCGCUUCUAUCGCGAGCUCGUCCCGCUCCACGGUCUCGACGUCAACGACGCCACCAUCAGUCUCUUCUCGCUUCUCGAUCAAUCAAGCCUUCAAAACGCUGACGGACGAAGACAUAGAUUUCUUCGACCGGCUCGUAGCCUCAUUGCCGUCCCAGGCUGCUGACUUUUCGCAGCUCAAAGCAGCCUACACCGCGCAGCUGCCGAGCGAGCUUGAUCGCAGGUAUCGUUCAGCGGGUACGUCUCGUGGGCCUGCUCAAGUGGACUGGGAUGCUCACCUAUGGACUAUCUUGCUCAGCUUCGUCAAGGUUCGCGGGAGGAAUUGGCGGGAACGAUGGGACUCGGUGCGUCUUGCUUUCGGCCUCGAUCCGAACAGUGGCGACGAAACUGACCUCAGCGCGGUAACGCAGAGCACCAGUCGAAGCGCAACGGGCAGCUCGACUCAGCAUGGUGCCGACGUGAACUCUGAUCACGGAUGGGAUCAGUCAUUUGAGCGUCGUUCUCGAGCUGAAAGGAAAUCGGCCGAUCCGACUCCAGCCUAUACGCCGCGCCAGACGCAAGAACGUCGCACAGUCUUGGCUUCUCGAUACGACCUCGGCUCACCACGAUCGAGCAGCCCGCCACCUGAGCCGCGGUCACCGCCAUAUUCCCACCGGCUAUUGCACGACGAGCUUGCUCAAGAGGACGAGGCACUGCCCGCUCAUUUUCCAACGGACGAUCCCAUCUCCGCGAUUCAACUUCGGCUCAGGCGCAUGAUGCAGGCAGAUCAGCUUGGCGACCACAUCGGCUUGAGCAACUCUCCACACCACUCGUUGAACUUCGGAAACGAUGGUCGCGUGUGCGGAACGCAGACAGACGCUGUCCGUCUGCCAGCAGAUGCCAAGCGACGCUUCGAUGAGCUCGUCCGCUCGUCCCAAUCCGCUCGAGCGACUCUCCGACAGUCUCGAGGUGCCCAACAGGAACGACACGAGCAAAAGGCUGUAGACAACUUGCAGGAGAUGGCAGGAUUGUGGCGAGCGCGCCGAUUGCUUCAGACCUGCUUGGCUUGGUGGAUCACUUUGACCCGCAAACAACUCGAAAUGAGCCAGAAUGCAGCUGAUGCCAGCGCUCGCGUCACAAUGCAAAAAGCCUGGGAGCGAUGGAGAGCACAGGACGAGCAAGACCUGCAGGGCAGGCGUGCUGGCGAAAGGACGGAUCGAGUCCGUUGCACACUCACCGCUUUCCGGACAUGGAAACGCCUCACAAAUGUUGCCAGAGAGCGCAAGGGAGAGCUCAAAAAGGGCUCGAUGCGCUCUGCCUACUAUACCACAACAGCAGCCGUGAAGAUGAGGAUGACCAGGACUGCCUUCAAUCUCUGGAAGCACAACCACAUGUGUCACCUCGCUGACGGCUUUCGACGCCAUCAUCUUCAAGGUGGUGCUUUUGCUCUGUGGCAACUACGCUCUGACCACACGCAAGAGCUCCAGACACGAGAAAAGAUCACCAAGAUCAAGCAAAGCCGCUUGAUUCUGUCCCAGUCUUUCGAGCGAUGGUCUGAUCGUUCGGAGAAGGCCAGAGCGAUGCAUCAAUUUCAACAGCAUCGCGAUCGGCUUUUGCUCGUAGAGUCGCUGCACAUUUGGCGGGAGCGGACCUUGCUGUCUGGUCUCUCUCGCGCUUUUGCUGAGCGACGGCUCAAGCUUGCAGCGCUCGACAGCUGGAAGCAGGUCCUUGCUCAACGACAGCAGCAUCGCAAGCAAGAGGCGCUUGCAAGACGAUGGCGCACGCGACGAGUCAAGCAGACCGCUUUCAUCGCCUGGCGCCUUUCAAGCCAGAAGAUCCUAAGUAUGCAAGACCAAGCCGUUCAGAUGCACGGCAGCAUCCAGACGGACAACAUGCAAUCACACUUCCAUCACUGGCAAUUGCUGUCGCGCGCUGCUCUCCUCCAGCGCGUCCGUACCUCAUCUGCACUGGAGAGCACCUUCUCUCACUGGAAGCAUCGCUAUACUUCGCUGGUAACGAGCUUGCAGCAACGCGAGUCCACCAUUGUCGAGCGCCGCCAGGAGCGCAUUAAAGCUACGUGUAUCGGUCGAUGGAGGCAACUCGCCACGCGGUUCCAACAGAGGGAAGAAGAGGCUCAGGCUAAACGGAGCAAGACGAUCUGUAACGGAUAUUUCAUCACGUGGAGAAACAAACAGCUCCAGCAUCGUCUCCUUCGUCAAAAGUCGGAAGCUGUCUCUGACUACUUCACGCUUCGGUCUGGGAUGCAUCAGUGGCGAUCAAGGCUUCGCACUCAACGUGCUGACAACAAAGAAGCAGCUCACAAUCGGCGUCUGGUCGAGCAAGUGUUCGAAAUUUGGAGAUCAAAGGCAGCCAAACAGCAACGCUUGGCUGCAUUACUGCGGACCUCGCUCGCUGAGAGCAACGAGAAACUCGCUCGAGCUUACCUCCAGCAGUGGGUCGCCAAGAUCAUCGAGGUGCGUAACAGGGAGUUGGAGGUGAAAGAGCAGCGUCAGCGGCGCUUGCUCAAAGCUGCUCUGUACGCAUGGAUCGAAGCCUGUCUGCGGCACGACGAUCAGUUGGCGCUCAUGAACAGCUACAUCGAUGUCAAAGAGGAGGAGAGAAAGAGGCAAACUUUUGCUCACUGGCUAACUUUCGCGCGUGAGCAGAAGGACAGACGAGAAAAAGCAGAAGCAUUGGAAGCCUCGAGACGGGAGAGGAUGCUCGCUACAUCGUGGAACAAUUGGAGAGACAAAUUGAAGGAACGCGCGCUGGCGAUGCAGGAGUAUCAUAUGCUGUUGCGACGUCAGCAGCUGUCGCAGCGAUGGGUGCUCGAGGCGUGGAAGGCUCGGACGCCUCUAUUGCCCGCCAUUAGAAUGCGCAACGCUUCGCUCAAGCACAAUGCUUUGCAGCGGUGGCAGCAGCAUCUGCCCGCUGCUCAGAUGUCUAAUCAGGCGACCAGGAUGAUUCGAGAACGGCUUGUGCGCCAGCACUGGCAUAAGUGGAAGGAUAUCGUGAAGGCGACAAGACAGUUCCGCGCUGCUGCCAGAUUUGGUGCUGGAAGCAUUUCGACCCACCGUCUGCGCUCGUUGGCCUCGGCCGCCAAUCGCUCAAUGGAAUCUUCCUCUCCCUCUGCGGCACACUCGUCAUCUCCGUUCCGCGCCAACGCAUCUGCAAGUUCAAGCCCCAGCUUCGCAAUGUCGGUUCCACGACCGAGAACAAGCUUGUCCCUUCGCCCUUCCUCGCAUGUCGUCGCAGAAGACAUGACACCGCGUCCAGGAAGAUCCGGUCAAAGAGAGCCGAGCUUCUCUCGACGAGGCACUUCGGUGCCGCGACAUCUGGAAGCAAAUUUUGCGGCUGGAUCGACUGGUUCAUCCACUUUCCUUCACGACGACGCGAUGCCUAUGCUGGACGCUGAAUCGCCUUCGAAAGAAGCGGGCUCGCGAAGGGCUAGAACGGCUGCUGUGGUCGCUGCAGCCACGCCCACUUCGACCAGCGUCAGCGAUCAAAGCCGGUUCUCCCUCGCGUUGAAGUCUUCCACCUCAUCCGUCUCGGCAGUGCACGCACCUCGAAAUGGGAUCAACUCCGCGAGUAAAAGCAGUCGGCGUCAAUCAAAUGUCGCCGAUAAUGGACCGACGCUUUCAUCGGCGGCGCAGCGGAGCAAGUCGAACCAAAGAGAGUCGAGCGAUACCGACUCGGACUUUGCGCGGAGAAUCAAGCGGUCCGCAAAGUACGAACAAGCAAUCUCCUUGGCAAGAUCGCAAAGAGCGGAUUCCCUUGCGUCCGCUAGCAACGACGGCUUCGAGUCAGGCAACUCAGUUCAAUCGGCGCCGGUCGCAGCGGUGGAAAGGUCGAGCACGACGAGGCAUUCGCUGGCCGUAGCGGAAGAUAUGAUCUUGCAGCUGCGUGCGAAGGAAGGGUCUCGACACCGUCGACCUGUGUGA